AAUAAGAAAAGCAAAGCAAACUGCUUAGAGAAGCAAAAUCAUGAGCCGCGUCAAAUCACAUCACUGCCAAUUCGAAAUUUCCAAUUUCACAGAACUUUUGUUGCAUUGAUCUCCGAUUUUGUUUUCCAACGCUUCUUCGUAUUCUCACCAAUCUCAAAUGGCUUCUAUCUCCCUUCUUCUCGCCCUGUUCGUGUUCUUCCUAAUUGCCACUUCUCUUACCGAAAGCAGUAGGAAGGAAUUAAGGAACAAGCAGGAAACUGCAUUACAGAUGUUAGAGCGCUCAAUUCAUUUUUCCAACAGAAUUAAUCCAUCACGUGUUGUCCAAAUCUCUUGGCAACCAAGGGUUUUUCUAUACAAAGGGUUUUUGUCGGACAAGGAGUGUGACUACCUUGUUUCUUUGGCAUAUGCUGUGAAAGAAAAAUCCUCAGGGAAUGGUGGCCUUUCAGAGGGGGUUGAAACUUCCUUGGAUAUGGAAGAUGAUAUUCUUGCAAGGAUUGAAGAAAGACUUUCAGUUUGGGCUUUCCUUCCUAAAGAGUACAGCAAGCCUUUGCAGGUCAUGCAUUAUGGGCCUGAGCAGAAUGGUCGGAACUUAGAUUAUUUUACAAACAAAACCCAAUUAGAAUUAAGUGGACCUUUAAUGGCAACAAUUAUUUUAUAUCUCUCAAAUGAUGUUACUCAAGGGGGUCAAAUUCUUUUUCCUGAAUCAGUGCCUGGGAGUAGCAGCUGGUCAAGUUGUAGUAAUAGCAGCAAUAUUCUCCAACCAGUAAAAGGGAAUGCAAUUCUGUUUUUCUCUCUUCACCCAAGUGCUUCUCCUGACAAGAGUAGCUUCCAUGCUAGAUGCCCUGUCCUUGAGGGUGAUAUGUGGUCUGCAAUUAAAUACUUCUAUGCAAAACCAAUUAGUAGAGGUAAAGUCUCAGCCACAUUAGAUGGUGGUGAAUGCACUGAUGAAGAUGACAGUUGUCCCGCUUGGGCAGCCGUGGGAGAAUGUCAACGAAACCCUGUGUUCAUGAUUGGAUCUCCUGAUUAUUAUGGUACAUGUAGGAAAAGUUGUAAUGCAUGCUGAUCACAAGUUGAUUUUACUUUUACACUUUUUGUUUAUAUAAUUAUUCUCCCUAGAGAAAUACAUGUGGAAUUAUCAAUUGCUUUUUUUAAAAAUUUCCUCAAGUUCUUUUGAGCUGCACAUCAAAAGGUGCUGGAAAUAGUGUAUAGGAAAUUAGAACUUGACACGAUUUAGAUUUCAAUUUGAUGUAAUUUUUUUGAAUAUUCUUUUAGUGAUGUAUUGAGUGUUGACACAUAAUGAUUUAAAUUAUUUAAA